GGACAUUGGACCUAUCGUCUAGUCGUGAUCCGCCCAAAAGUUCCUGAGUUUUUUGUCCUCCACCUGUCGUGUAUACAACUUUUAUAUACUGGUUCUACAUUUCAAUUUCUAAUUACCGCUUCUUGCCCCAGCGCGAGCGCCGCAUGGGCAUGCUAUAUGAUUCGGAGGUCUAGGUCUACCUGACACACCUACACCACGAUCAUCACCACCCAUAUCAUAAUGGCGUCGAGCAGUUCGUAUGUGCCGGCGCAGGCGAAGUACGUGAAGGUACCGACGCUGCACCGCAACAAGAAGUACCACCCGCGGCCGAUCGGGUACCGCGUAUGGAUUGCAAAAAUGUCUGGGUCUGGAAGAUUGCAAGAUUUGUCAUGCAGGUUCAACAUGACGCAUGAGGUCUGGAAUGCAGGAUCUAGCAUGACAGAUUCUGUGAGAUCUGUAUCAUGCCUAUUCUGCAUGACAAACUCACUCCCAACUUGGUCAAAAGUGGACAGCUUUUGACUUUGACCCUCAUGCAACACAAAUUGUUUCAGGAUCCAGAUUUAGCAUCACAAGUUUGUAUUCUUCCAGACCCAGACAUUUUUACAUUUGAUACCGCGGGAACCACGACCAUGGCAAGGACCUGGAUGACCCGGUGUAUUAUCAAAUGUAAAAAUGUCUGGGUCUGGAAGAAUGCAACUUGUGAUGCUGUAGUUGGAUUCCAAAAAAAUCUGUAUUGCAUGAGUACCAAAGGGAAUGCAGUUUUUGCUACGCUGAGAAGGCAUUUGUCAUUCGGAAUAGGCAUCACGAAGCCCUCUAAAAAUCUGUAUUGCUAGUGUAUGCAUCACAGACAUCAUGGCUUAUGCAAAACGUGCAUGACAAGAGUCAGAAUUUCCCAGACCCAGACAUUUUUACAGUUGAUAUGUAUCCGACGAAAGUGAUUCCCCACGAGCUCCGGCCGAAGCAUUCCACGGACUGGCGAAACGCGGGGCGGGCGUUAUUAACGGCGUCGCUGGCGAUGAUCGAGGGGCAGCGGAUGAAGCACUUAGGCAUGUUCAAAAAGUGGCAGGAAAAGGGCUACUGCGGCGAACGCUGUCUGGCGCAGUGCGCCUGCAACGCGGAUCGGUUCUUCUGCGCAAAUCGGGUCAAGGGAUCCUUCUUCGACUUCGUCAACGCCACGGACGGAAUUCUGCUGCGGUACCGUGGCGAGAUCGCGCCGCAGGAUUUCGCGAACAAGAAGGGCAAGAAGCCGGUAUACACGGUGCCGCGACCGGUGGCCACGCAAAACGAAAGGAAGAGCAAGGUGUACUUCGUGCAUAACAUCGGAACCACUAGCUUUAUUGAAGAAUCGGGAGCAACAAGUGCAGUUUCGGAUCUGGAUCCUGUGACGCAACAAGGUGUUUAUACCGAUGGUCAGGAUCACGACAGGGAACAAUGCGAAGGCGCCGCCGCUUUCGGAUCUGGGUCUUCACAGGACCGUGUCACCUACCACGGCCGGCACCAAGUUGACCAACUGGAGAUAAGCGGAGCGAAAAACAACCGAAGCCAAGUCAUCCUCCGUGCGGAGAAAACCGAAUUCGUGCAUCCAGCGUUCCAACUAGGUCCAGAUCUGGAGGACCUAAGGCAGACGGGGGAAAAAGUGUCUUCGGAAAGGUUCCUGGGAAGUAGGUCGCAGAACAUGAACAGUAUCAUCUCAACGCUGCAACAUGUUGACGGUGAGGAGGGGAGGAACAUACGAGAUGAAACCUCUCUGUCGACGACAUCUGGUUCUGGCCGCGCUGCCGCAGGCUCUCUUGACGGCUUCAGUGACGACGUUCUGGAAGAAGAUGAGGCCGACGCGGAGCUUAUCAACUGCAAAAAUGUCUGGGUCUGGAAGGUUGGAACUUGUGAUGCUAACUUUGGACUCUGAAAAAAUCUGUACUGCAUGACAAGCAAAAGGAGUCUAGUUUGUGCUACGCGGGGAGGGCAUUUGUCAUGCGGAGUAGGCAUCAGGAUCAGGAAGCCCUCUAAAAAUCUGGGAUGCUAGGUCGUGCAUUGCAGACGUCCUGGGUCAUGCAAAAUAUGCAUGAUAAACCCGGCAACGUUCCAGACCCAGACAUUUUUGCAUUUGAUAGAGCUAGCCUUGUUGCAGUUCGAAGCCCAGCGAGAAGACGACGAGCAGGGGGACGACGAUGAGGAUGUUGAUGCUCUGGAGGGAGAUGAUUUUGCCGAGGACGAGGGUCGUGACCAGGAGAAUGAGCAAGGGUGACUACAAGCUCUAGAAGUAGUACACAAAUGGCUCCUGCGUGACCGAUGAUGUCGUUCAUCUCCUGCUCGUGCUGCAAACGCAUUGAUUACGACGAUUUCGCGAUGCCAAUGCCAAACAAACUUUCUUGGCUCUGCAACAUUAUGCUCCUUGAGGAUUGUUCAUGACUAAGUAGUAUGCAGUAGAAGUGAUCUAAUAUCAUCAUCUACCGACAGAAGACUCCCAUACGGCCUGGUUUUAUGUGCGCCAGAAAGAUGCUCAAUUGCGAUGAAAACGACCAAUGAAAAGCAAAGACUAAGACUGACCAAAAACGCCACACGUCCUUUGAGAUCCCUAG